AAACAGGCGAAGCAUUGCAGUCAUACUGCGAAAUCUGCACAGAUAGAAAAGGAAAAAACGAAAUGUUCAUAAUUGAUGGCUGCUCUCAUUCAUUUUGCUCAAUCUGCAUAACCAAAUACAUAACUGUCAAAAUUCAAGAAAACUUUGAUGUGGUGACAUGCCCUGGCUUGAAUUGCAUUAGUGUCCUGGAGCUUGAUUCGUGUCGGCCAAGGAUUUCAACUGAAUUGGCAGCCAUGUGGGAUGAAAUGGCAUGUAAGUCAAUGAUUCCAGAGUCGCAAAAGUUCUACUGUCCUUUUAGCGAUUGUUCUGCUAUGGUGGUGAAUGAUAAUGAUGGGGAGGAAGAAAUUAGACAUGUAGAGUGCCCCGAAUGUCACAGAUUGUUUUGUGCACAAUGCAGGGUCCCAUUUCAUGUGGGAAUUGAUUGUGAAAAUUUUCAGAAGUUGAAUAAGGAUGAAAGAGGGUCGGGAGAUGUUGCGUUUAGAAAGAUGGCUAGUGAAAAUGGAUGGAUUCGAUGCCCAAAUUGUCGAUUUUAUGUCGAAAAAACAGAUGGUUGUUUACACAUGACUUGCAGGUGUAAGUUCCAAUUUUGUUAUGCUUGUGGAAAACAAUGGACAUCAUCAACUCAUGGUGAAUGUAUGCCUCCUCUUCAAAGAAAUUUCAUUGCAGAGGCAGGCAACCCUGAGACUGGUGGAGAUCCUGAGGCAGGCAACCCUGAGACGGGAGGAGGAGGAGGAGAACCUGAGGCAGGCGAUCCUCAGGUGGGAAGCAACCCGGAGGCGGGAGGAGAGCCUGAGGCAGGCGAUCCUGAGGCAGGCGAUCCUGAGGCAGGAAGCAACCCUGAGGCGGGAGGGGACCCUGAAGCAGGCGGAGACCCUGAGGCUGCUGAACAUGAUGCAGGCAACCAUGAACAUGCAACCCCUGAGGCAGGAGACAAUCCUGAGGCGGCAGACGACCCUGAGGCUGGAGGAGACCUCGAGGCAGGCGACCUUGAGGCUGAACAUGAAGCAGACGACCAUGAGGCUGAACAUGAGUUUGGCUCUGAGCCGACGGCGACCCUGAGGCAGACAACCUUGAAGAUUUGA